AUGGUUUCGACGACUCCGCUGCUGGAGGGGAAGGAGGGAGGAGGGGUGUGGGAGAGAUGGGGGAGGAGCGAGGCGGCGGAGGCGAAGCAUCAGGUGGUGUUCUCGGUGCCGAUGAUUUUGACGAACGUGGCGUAUUACUGCAUCCCGCUCGUCUCCGUAAUGUUCGCCGGCCACCUGGGCAAUCUCGAGCUCGCUGGAUCCACCCUCGCCAACUCCUGGGCCACCGUCACCGGCUUUACCCUCGUGGUAUCCUCUCCUUUCUCUUUCUCUCUCUCUCGACCUGUCGAUCUCUCUCUAAUUUGCGACUCUUGUUCCUUCAUCUCACUAAGAUCGAUCCCUCAUUCAUCCCACCUUCUCUCUAGAAUCAGUUACUUCCUCUCAUCCGUGGGCUUCAUCUCGUCAUCUCUCCCCCCCUGCGAUCUCUCUCUCUCUCUCUCGCCCCCUCCUAAUCCGUGUGGUUUAUCUCGUCAUGUCUCUAGCUCGACGAUCUCUCUCUCUCUCUCUCUCUCUCUCUCUCUCUUUCUCAUCUGCAACUGUUGUUCGUUCAUCCCUCUAAGAUCCAUCCGUCAUCACUCCCAUCUUCUCCGUCGAAUCAUUCCCUCCCAUCCGUGCUCUUCAUCUCGUCAUCUAUCUAACCCUAUGAUCUCUCUCACUCUCGCCCCCUCCUAAUCUGUGCGUGUUAUCUCGUCAAAUCUCUAGCGGUCCAAUUUCUCUCUCUGUCUCUCUCAUUUGCGACUGUUGUUCCUUCAUACCUCUAAGAUUCGUUCCUCAUUUCUCCCCCCUUUCUCUCUAGAAUCACUCCCUCCCUCUCAUCCCUGCACUUCAUCUCGCCAUCUCUCUAACCCAACGAUGCCUGUCAAUCUCUCUCUCCCCCUCUCCUAAUCCGUGUCUGUUGCCUCGUCAUGUCUCUCUCUCUAAUUUGCGACUAUUUUUACUUCAUCCCACCAAGAUCCAUCCCUCAUCACUUCCUCCUUCUCUCUAUAAUCACUCCCUCUCAUCCGUGCGAUUCAUCUUGUCAUCUCUCUAACCCUAUGAUCUCUCUCUCUUGCACCCACCCAUCAGUCCGUCCGCUUUAUCUCGCCAUCUCUCUGUCUAUGAUCUCUCUCUCCCCAAUUUCUACUGUCUGGUUUCUAGGGCAUCUCUCUCUAGAUCCGGCCUUCGUCGCUCUCUCUAGAAUAAAGCAGUUGAACUGGGGUCCACUCCGAGACAAGCUGGGAUCCUUCGUCUCUUUCAUCAAACAAAUUAUUUAGGUCGGGCUAGCCCGGCCCGGCCAGAAAAUCUUACGGAAGCCCGGGACGUCUCCCUAUCGGCCAAAAUCCGCCACUCCCAGCAGAACGGCCCUCGGGCUGAACACGUGGGAUUAGAAACGGGCCCACUAUUCCUGGCCGGGCCGGUUCUUCAUCAAUGAAAUUAAACACGUUCGCAAAAACUCUUUCCUCCUUCAAACAAAAUGUCCACGUAUUUACGCAAAUUGCCAUCCUGAUUGGGCUGAGCAGUAGGGAUGGGGGCAGGGGACGCUCAACGAAGUUGCCAUUUUUCUCCUUCUUCUUAUACCUGGUCGUUCUUAAAAAAUGGCGACUUACUUACGAAAGCUGCCAUCCAGAUCGGGCUGAGCGGGGCACUGGAGACGCUCUGCGGGCAGGCCUACGGCGCCAAGCUGUACCGGACUAUGGGCAUCUACCUGCAGGCGUCGAUGAUCACUGCCAUCGCCGUCUCCUGCGUCCUCGCCGUCGUCUGGUGGUUCUCGGAGUCCAUCCUCAUCGCUCUCCGCCAGGAGCCGGCGGUGGCGCACGCCGCCGCCGUGUACAUGCGGCCGCUCAUCCCGGCGCUCUUCGCUUACGGGCUGCUCCAGUGCCUGCUGAGGUUCCUGCAGACGCAGUCCGCGGUGGCGCCGCUCGUCGUGUGCUCUGUGGGGCCGCUGGCACUGCACGUACUGAUCACCUACGUGCUGGUUCACCCGGCAGGGAUGGGGUUCGUCGGCGCCCCCGUGGCGGCGGCGGUGUCGCUGUGGAUUUCGUUCCUGAUGCUGGGCUCGUAUGUGAAGUACUCGAAGAGAUUCUCAGAGACCUGGCAGGGCUUCUCGACCGAGGCCUUUGAGCACGUCCUUCCCAGUAUGCGGUUGGCCAUCCCGUCAGCUGUUAUGGUCUGGUAUGCUCCUUCCCACUCCGCUCGCGCACACACACACACAUGUUGCCUUCCGGAAUUUGUUUUAAACGUUCGACAAAGCAGUGAUUUAGCCGAAGAAGAUACAAUCUCCUUUCCGCUCUAGCCGGUGAAUUGUCUCAGGAUUUUCCAAUUUAUAGCUUCUACGGUUCUUCAAUAUUUCACUUUGUACGUAUUCAUUGCACAACUCUGGUCUGAAAAUAUAAAAACUUAUUUAGCCAUUAUUUCACCUUUUAUAGGAUGCCAAAUAGAACAAUUUUAGCCUAAAUUGUCAGCCGCAUCAACAGUUGUAACCGGUUUAGACCCACCAAUAUCUUUGAGGUUUUUCCUUUUUUUCCUUAUUUCUUUUAAAAAACGAAUGAAACAUAUAUUUAUUAGUAAGUUUUUGAUGUGUGAAAUUCAAUGAACCACAAGUUUUUAUUGGUGUUUCCCGAAGAAAUUAUCUUUAUUAAUAGAGGAAUAUAAUUUUGUUUGACGAGUGAUAUUACUCUUGCAGCUUGGAAUACUGGGCUUUUGAACUUCUUGUGUUAUUGGCUGGUCUGAUGCCCCACUCAGAAUUGAGCACCUCACUAAUUGCAAUUUGGUAUGCCCAUCUUCAGCUAUCAAAUUAGAUCAUAAAAAUUAUUAGUCAAUAUUGUAUAAAUAUUAACUUGAUAUUUUGGUGGAUUUCAGUGUUAACACAGAGGCUGUGUCAUUCAAUGUUACCUAUGGGUUUAGUGCUGCUGUGAGGUACGCAUAGUCACUUGUUCAUAAUUAUGAAUAUAAAUUAUAUUCAUAAUUAUGAUUCUAAUUUAUUUUUUUCCCCUUUUGUAGCACACGUGUGGCAAAUGAAUUGGGGGCAGGAAAUGUGGACAAGGCAAAGAAUGCAGUUAGGGUGACAUUGAAGCUCUCAGUAAUUCUUGCACUGACAAUUGUCGUUUUUUUGGUCUUUGGUCACAAUAUAUGGGCUAACUUGUUCAGUAGUAGCCCAGAUAUUAUUAGGGAGUUUGCCUACAUGACCCCGCUACUAUCAAUUUCCAUACUACUAGACUCGGCACAGGGGAUUCUAUCAGGUGACUACCAUAGGAAAUAAAAUCCAUAGAUAGUACUGAUUUUUAAUAUCUUGCUAAUCAUGUGAAUAAUUGAUUCAGGGGUAGCAAGAGGAUGUGGUUGGCAACAUCUAGCAGCAUGGACCAACCUAGCAGCAUUCUACGUGAUUGGGAUGCCGAUUGCACUUGUUCUUGGGUUUGUCCUAAAGUUCUAUUACAAGGUUGGUAUUCUUAGGUGUAUUUUGAGAUCUUAAAACUAGUUUUAACAACAUAUGGUUGACAAUUCAUUUUUUAUGGCUGAAAUCUAUGAUUUAUAGCUAUUUUUAUAAGGCCUUGGGCAUAGUCUUCAUACAUGAACAACCUAUCUAGUAUAGUGAUUCUCAAGGUGCCAUUAGAGUACUACACGUUCCAAGGAUUACUAAUAGUUUACAUUUCAAUAUCUUUUUAUUUUCCCUUGGUUUAGAGAUACACAUGCAGUGUUUCAUUCAAUAAUGUUAGCCAAUUACAACCAGAUUAUUGAAGGAAUUGACAUCUACUCUGGGCACGUCUCAUGCAGGGACUCUGGAUGGGCUUGAUCUGUGGCUUGUUUUGCCAAGCUUGCACCCUCCUCAUCAUCACGCUGCGCACUAAUUGGUCAACCAUACACCUGUCCGUGGACAAAGAAAAACCUUUGCUAGUAUGA